AUGUCGUAUCGACCCCAUCCUCUGCGGCAAACAUAUACAGCUGACCAUCUAGUCGACCGCCAUCCGUCGACGACAUCAUCGGCUUCUUCGGGCUACUCUUUCUCGUCCGGCCAGUUCGAUUUAAGUCGCACCACCACUCAGUCGUCUUCAGCAUCUAGCGGUUAUGGAUCCAUGGGUCACAAGCGCGGCAAGAGCGAGGCCAAUGGCCGGCUCCCUUCUUCGCCCAAGAGCCCAGAAACUCGUCCCCAGACCAGCACGGGCAACAUGUACAGCGCCGCAAGGCAGUCGCUGAGGCCUUUACCCCAAGCUCCCGUCUCAGCGCCAACCACGCCUCCUCGCGAUCCCUACCGCCAUGACCGAGGCCAAUCUAUUGAUAUUGGGAAACUCGCACAUUUUGAAAAGGAGCCCACCUCCCCGAUCCCUCCAUCCCGACCCCGGGCUUCCACCAUCCGCCCAAACUCCAUGGUCAUGCCACGCUCCGAUGGCCUCCUGUCAGGCAGCUCCGGUCUCCCUCCGCCACAGGUGCCUCUUCACCAACCCCACGCCGCGCAGCUCGCUAGGCCCGACCUCGUGACCAUGGGCAGGUCUUCUACAAGCCAGCUGCGUACCUUGUCCAAGCUGGCCCAGUCCGGCGAGGCAGAGGAGUUUGCCAUUACAUCUCCUGCGCAGCAGGUUGUCGGCCUGCGCGGCCGUCGCAGACUCCAGAAAGAACCGGGAUCAGGUCCCGCCGGGCAACGGAGCAGUGCAUAUGGCUGGGAAGGCAGAAAUUGGAUGGACAAGCAACGACAGUUCCUGCAAGCCUAUGAGUACCUCUGUCAUAUUGGAGAAGCAAAAGAGUGGAUCGAAGAUGUUAUGCACAAAUCAAUCCCUCCAAUUGUCGAGCUCGAGGAGGCGUUACGAGACGGCGUGACCCUCGCAGAGAUAGUCGAGGCACUGAACCCCAAUAAGCGAUUCAGGAUAUUCCGACACCAUCGACUCCAAUACAGGCACUCUGACAACAUCGCCAUCUUCUUUCGCUAUCUGGACGAGGUCGCCUUACCGGAUCUAUUCAGGUUCGAGCUGAUCGAUCUCUACGAAAAGAAGAAUAUCCCCAAGGUCAUAUACUGUAUUCACGCACUAAGUUGGCUGCUCUUCCGCAAAGGGAUAGUUGACUUCCGCAUCGGCAACCUCGUCGGACAACUUGAGUUCGAGCACCAUGAACUGGAGGCUAUGCAGAAAGGUCUGGAUAAACUCGGGGUCAACAUGCCCAGCUUCGGUACUAUGGGUGCCGAUUUUGGCGAGCAAGCACCGCCUGAGCCUGUCGAGACCGAAGAAGAGAGGAUCGACCGGGAACUUUCGGGGCACGAAAACACCAUCCUUGAACUGCAAGCUCAAAUAAGAGGAGCCAUGUGCAGGAUGAGUUUGGGCAAGGUCAUGCAACGCCUUUGGAACACGGAGGAUUGGUUGGUCGAUCUUCAGUCACGCAUCCGCGGAGACUGGACCCGUCAAGUAAUCGGAUACAGACUGCGGAUGAGGCGCUUCGCUGUUAACCUCCAGAGCGCAGCCCGAGGCUUCCUCGUCCGCCGGAGGCAAAUGCAAAAAGACAGGCUCUGGAAGAACACCGAGGGUGACAUCCUCGAGUUGCAGAGCAUGAUACGGGCUGCCAAAGUCCGUAGCGAGGUACGAGACGUGCGCUCUCAGCUGGCUCGAGUGUCUGGGCCUGUUCGCGAUGUUCAGGCGGCUUUCAUGGGCUACCUGACCCGCCAGAACAUCGUUCGCCAGAAGCAGGAGACGGCUCGCAUGGCUGGCCCUAUCGUUGGGUUCCAGGCUGCUCUCCGUGGAGCGCUUCUGAGGAACAGGUUGGACGACGACCAGGAACUCCUUGCAAGACAGGCUCGGGCCAUCACUGGCCUCCAGGCCGCCGCACGUGCAAUGCUGACUAGAAAGCAGGCCGCCGUGCAGAGGGAGACUCUUCAACACUACAACCCGGAAUGGGAAUCUCUCCAAGCUGCUUGUCGCGGAAGAAUGGCAAGAAUGGCCGUCAAGGAAACAAAAUCGGAACUAAGGCAGCACUCAUCAACAAUAGAGGCACUGCAGGCAUGCAUCCGUGCAGGCGCUGUCCGCCGGGACGUUGCGGCGCUUCUCGAUGGUCUGAGUGACCAUGAGCUUGAAGUAGUUGACCUUCAAUCCGCUGUUCGAGGAAUGCUCCAACGGCAGCAACUCGCCAACGACCGCCAAGCGUUGGCGAAAGAAACGCCCUUCAUUACUUAUUUUCAAGCGUGCAUACGCGGUGACCUGUUUCGCGCGAAGCACUUCGCCUUACUCGAGGAGCUCGAAUCUCACGAGGAUACCGUGGUCGGCCUGCAGUCGCUUAUCCGGGCCGCAAUGCUUAGAGAGAAUGUCGGAUUCCUGAUCAGUGCGCUCGAGGAGGAAGAAGAGUCUAUCGUCGCCGUUCAAGCCGCCGCAAGAGCCUUCAUUGUUCGAGCAAAGUUUGAAGAGAAGAAACGAUUUUUCCACGAGAAUAUGCAGAAGGUCGUCAAGAUCCAAAGUUUCGUCAGGGGAAAGCUUCAAGGCGAAGCUUACAAGAGUCUCACAACUGGCAAGAACCCACCAGUCGGAGCGGUCAAGAACUUUGUUCACCUUCUCAACGACAGCGACUUUGACUUCCACGAGGAGGUGGAAUUUGAGCGCAUGAGGAAGACGGUGGUUCAGCAGGUCAGGCAGAACGAAAUGCUCGAACAAUACAUCGACCAGCUUGAUAUCAAGAUCGCACUGCUCGUCAAGAACAAGAUCACGCUGGACGAGGUUGUACGACAUCAACACAACUACGGUGGGCACGCGGGCACGCUCCUCGCAAACAGUUCAAUGAUCACGGCGAACCAAUUCGACCUCAAGGCCCUCAACAAGAGCUCCCGAAAGAAGCUCGACUUGUACCAGCAGCUCUUCUUCAACCUGCAGACACAACCCCAAUAUCUGGCUCGCUUAUUCAAGCGUGUCCGCGAGCAAGGCACCGCGGAGAAGGAAUGCAAGCGCAUUGAGAUUCUGAUGAUGGGAUUGUUCGGAUACGCUCAGAAGCGACGCGAGGAGUACUAUCUCCUCAAGCUUGUAGCACGCUCGAUCAAGGAGGAGAUUGAGGCAUGCAACGCCGUUCAAGAAUACCUUCGCGGCAACUUCUUUUGGACAAAACUUCUCAGCAACUACACCCGGUCUCCACGCGAUAGGAAAUACUUGAGAGACCUUCUCGGACCCCUAAUUCGGGACAACAUCAUUGAGGACCCUGCGUUGGAUCUGGAGAGCGACCCGAUGCAGAUCUACCGGUCUGCUAUCAACAAUGAAGAACUCCGGACUGGCCAGCCCAGCAGGAGGCCGCUUGACAUUCCCAGGGAACUGGCUAUAAAAGAUCCGGAGACCCGAGAACUAUUCAUUGACCACCUCCGCGACCUUCGCGAAAUCUGCGAUCAAUUCUUGCUGGCCCUGGAAGACCUCCUUCCUCGACUUCCGUAUGGCAUGCGAUAUCUGUGCCAACAAAUGUUCCAAUUCCUCUGCCAACACUUCAAGCGGGAACCACAACAACAACUGCUCCAAAUGGUUGCCCAUUGGUUCUGGCGGUUCUAUCUUCACAACGCGCUGACCUCGCCGGAAAAUGUCGGUGUCAUUGAGAAGCAGCUCAGCCCUCUGCAAAAACGCAAUUUGAGCGAAGUCGCAAAGGUGCUCGGGCAGGUUGCUUCUGGACGGCACUUCGGCGGUGAGAACGUCUACCUACAACCCCUCAACGCUUUCAUCGGAGAAUCCAUCGAGCGCCUGACCCACAUCAUGAGGGAACUCAUCUCUGUGCCCGAUGCUGAGAGCACAUUCGAUAUUGAUGAAUUCAACGACUUGUACGCAAAGAACAGGCCAACACUGUACAUCAAGAUGAGCGACAUAUUCGCCAUUCACAACUUGGUGGCAAGCGAUCUCCCUUUCAUUUGCCCCAACCGCGACGACGUGCUGCGUGAGAUCAUGCAAGAUCUUGGUAGCGCCAAGAACAACGAGAACGAGAUGACAGCUACGGGCUCAUCCGAUAUCCAAAUGUUCCUCACGCCAAAGCUGCAUGAUGUCGAUGACCCAGAGGCCGAGGUCAAGGCUUUGUUUAUGGAGACGAAGCGAUGUGUUCUAUACAUCAUACGUGUUCAAAGCGGCGCACAUCUUCUCGAGAUUCUGGUCAAGCCAAUCUCACCAGAGGACGAGCGCAAGUGGGAAAUGGUGCUACACGAAGACUUCGCUGGGAACGACAACACCAGGGGGGCAUACUCUGAUGCCAACAUGGUCGAUGUCACGAGGAUGUCUUACCAUGAACUCAAGCGAACAGCGCUUCAAAAUGUCAUGGCGCUCGAGCACAUGGGUCGAAUCUCAAAGCAUAAUCAUUACCAGGACGUGCUCAACGCCAUCGCUCUCGACAUCCGCACCAAGAGCAGAAGAAGGAUCCAGAGACAGCGGGAGGUGGAAGGCGUACGUCUCACUCUCGGCAACCUGCACGAGAAGGCCAAAUAUCUCGAACAGCAGCGCAAGAGCUACGAUGACUACAUUGAACAGGCCAUGUCAACAUUGCAAAAGAACAAGGGCAAGAAAAAGUUCCUCCUUCCAUUCACCCGCCAGUAUAACCACCAGCGAGAGCUGGAACGUAGCGGCCGCGUGCCGAAGUUCGGCUCGUACAAGUACAGCGCGCGGCAGCUCAUGGACAAGGGCGUGCUAGUUCAGUGGACGGGCACAGCGGACCGUGACUGGGACAAGAUCAACCUCACCAUCUCUUGCGACCAGGUCGGAGUGUUCGCAAUCGAGGGCUCGAGGGGACACAUUCAAAUCCCCGGCGCCAGUGCCUUGGUCCCCAUCGAGGACCUGCUGCAGGCGCAGUUUGAGAGCCACCAGUUCAUGACGCUAUUCGAGGGGAACCUGAAGCUGAACGUCAAUUUGCUGCUGCACUUGGUUUACAAGAAGUUUUACAAAACCCAAUAA